CUUGACUGCAUUUGCCAUACUCUUCUUCUCACGCAGUAAAAAUGCCAUCAUUUACUCGCCGAAUUCCAGUGGCCAACCCCCCUCCGCCGGGUACGACACCGUCCCCUAUUCACUCUUUACCUCUGCUCCCAACCGGCCUUCCGUCAAUGGAUGACCUUCUCGGCGGCGGUUUACCCCUUCAUUCUAUCCUUCUCGUCCUCGCUCCAGAUACCCAGUCCGCGUGGGGUAGGUUACUGGAGAGAUACUGGAUCGCUCAGGGUUUGGCGUCGGGUCAGGCGGGGGUGCUGGUCGGGGAGAAGGAGGAGGGAGAGGCCGUGGUGAAAGGGUGUAUGUGGACGGAAGGCGGAGUAUCUGGAGAUGGAAGUGAAAGUGAAGGCGAAGGAGGGGUGGAAGGUGGUGAGAGGAAAAUUGCGUGGAGAUAUGAGAAGAUGGGCAAGUUUCAGACCACGGUGAAGGGCAACGGAUCUAAUCUAUCUCUUAUGACUACCAUCCCACCGGAAGCCCUUUCCCUGAUGCAAGAAUCUGGUCAAAUGUCGUACGUGGCCAUCAAUUCUGAUGAGCCGAGUACUUCUCGAUCAUGUGUUCUGGAUGAAGUGUUGAAAGGUGUGUGGGAAAAGUUGCAGCAUGCCGAUAAAGGGAGAGCGACGAGACUGGCUGUGCAUGAGCUUGGAAGUCUUGAUUGGGGGCAUAUUUCCAUGAGCGAAAUACAUCGAUUCAUUCAUUCUCUUCGAGAGCUGUUGAAGACCAAGCCAGCUUCAGCUCUGAUAACGCUUCCCGCGAGUCUUAUCCUUUCGAUGGGUAAUGAAAGAGAAAGUAUUGUGAGGCGUCUGUCGUGGGGCGUGGACGCAUGUGUUGAACUCAAGGGAUUCGCCGAUGACCCCACAUUACCACCCCUCUUCCCAACCCACGGUCUCCUCACCCUCCACUCCUAUCCAACCACCCACGCCCUUCUUCCUUCUACCUUGAAACACUCCACUUUGCUCGGCGUCUCCCAAUCAUCAACAUCGGCGUCAUCGUCAGGCGGCGGUGGCGGUGCGGGCGAGAAUAAUCUUGGGUUCAGACUGAAGAGGAAACGGUUUGUGGUGGAGACGGUUCAUCUGGGCGUGGAAGGGGGUGUGGGGGAGAGACGGACUGGAGGGGAUGUGAGAGAAGCUUUGGAUGGAGCUGACGCGACGCACUCACACGCACAUUCUCAUCCUACAAUGACAAUACCUUCCAGUGGUAUCGAACCCUCUCAGCCUGUUCUUGCCUCCACACCCCAGACAGGAGUCGAUGAUAAACCAAGAGGAGCCGACCAGGAUAAGAAACCAUCAAAGCCUCGGGCUCGGGUGAGAUUCGGAGGGGAAGAGGAGGUUAUCAUUGUUGGUAAAGGAGGAGACGGAUCGAAGCAUGACCACGCGCACUCACAUACGCAUGAUCAUGGACCGCGAGGGAAAGAUCAGCCACAGAAAAUUGCGUUGAGGCAUGAUAGACCUGACUUGUACGAAUUCUAGAGCGUGAUGUAUAAAACCAAUGGGGGGUCGUUCUCUUCAGUAUUCUCGCUCCUGUCCCAUUUAUUCAUAUUAUAGCCUUUUAAUCGUACUCCGUCUCUCGCUAGUUUUGUUCAUGGGCUCAAGAAUUUGCAUUAUGUAAAGAACUCUG